UAAUCGAUGCAUUCAAGGAUCGCUUAGCUCAGCCUAGGUUUAGUACAGGUAAUCAAGUCAGGAACAUCGAUAGGCAGAGUAGCGAUGGUCGGAAGUUAUCAGUAAACUAAUGGACGAGCGGCUGUGGCUGAACGAAAUAAAAACCACAUAUAGGAGACAUAGCCGCUGCCCGCAAUGUCCGCCCAGGGCGCUCGACUGUCUCCUGCCGGCCUCACCUCUGCUUCGACGACUACCACGUCAGGUGUUUCCUGCGGGGACGUCGGAGCUGCCAUGGCAACAGUGUCACCCGAGCAGGUUUCCUUCGCCUCUGACCGCUACGCGAGAAUCAUCCUGGCCCAGAUGAACCGGAUGCGGCUGCGCGCCGACUUCUGUGAUGUGCGGCUGAGAGUGGGCGAGCGGGUCUUCAGGGUUCACAGGCUCGUUCUGGCCGCCUGUAGCCCCUACUUCUGUGCGCUGUUCUCCGUAGGGAUGAAGGAGCUCGACAAGGACGAGGUGCAGAUCCUGGGAGUGGAGGCCGGGAUAUUCGAGGUUCUGCUGGACUUUAUUUACACAGGGGUGAUCAACGUGAGCGUGGAGAACGUCCAGGAGCUGAUGGUGGCGGCGGACAUGCUGCAGCUGGCGGAGGUGGUGUCCAUCUGUGGGGAGUUCCUCCAGGGCCACAUGGAGCCCUCCAACUGUGUCGGCAUCUUCCAGUUCCUGGAGCAGAUCGGCUGCAUGGACAUGCUGGAGUUCACUGAGAACUACAUCCACGUGCACUUCCUCGAGGUGUGCGUGGCCGAUGAGUUCUGGGGCCUGUCCAAGGACCAGCUGGUGCGGCUGCUCGGCAGCGAGGAGCUGCGCGUGGAGGAGGAGUACCAGGUCUUCAGCGCCGCCAUGGGCUGGCUGCUGCAGGACGUGGGGCCCAGGCGGCGCCACGCCGUGGAGGUCCUGGAGCCCGUCCGCUUCCCCCUGCUGUCCCCCCGCAGGCUGCUCAAGUACAUCGAAGGUGUUGCCGAUUUCAGCCUGCGGGUGGCGCUGCAGACCUUGUUGAAGGAGUACAUGGAGGUCACUAAAUCGCCGAAGGAAAAUAAGCCGUACUGUGUGGGGGAACCUUCCAAGAUGAGGCCCAGACGGAAAGCUAGGAAAUAUCUCUACAGUAUAGGGGGCUACACGCGGCUGCAGGGCGGCCGUUGGAGCGACAGCCGGGCCCUGAGCUGCGUGGAGCGCUUCGACUCGUUCAACCAGUACUGGACCACGGUGUCGUCGCUGCACCAGGCCCGCAGCGGGCUGGGGGUGGCCGUGCUGGACGGGAUGAUCUACGUGGUGGGAGGGGAGAAGGACUCCAUGAUCUUCGACUGCACGGAGCGCUACGACCCGGUGACCAAGCAGUGGGCGGCCGUGGCCUCCCUCACCUUCCCACGCUGCGGCGUCAGCGUGUGCCCCUGCCACGGGGCGCUCUACGCCUUCGGGGGUUGGAUCGGUUCAGAGAUCGGGAAGACGGUGGAGCGCUACGACCCCGAGGAGAACAAGUGGGAGGUGAUCGGUAGCAUGGCCGUUCCUCGCUACUACUGUGGCUGCUGUGAGCUUCAAGGUAUGAUGUACGUGCUGGGGGGGAUCAGCGAUGAUGGUCUGGAGCUGUGUUCGGCGGAGGUGUUCGACGCUCUCUCCCAGCGCUGGCGCCCGCUGCCCCCCAUGGCCACGCGCCGCGCCUACGUGGGCGUCGCCGCCCUCAACAACUGCAUCUACGCCGUGGGGGGCUGGAACGAGGCCCUGGGCUCGCUGGAGACGGUGGAGAAGUACUGCCCCGAGGAGGAGAGGUGGGUGGAGGUGGCGUCCAUGUGCACGGCGCGGGCGGGGGUCUCGGUGGCGGCGGUCAACGGGCUGCUGUACGCAGUGGGGGGCCGCGCCACCAGCCGGGACUUCUCGGCCCCCGUGACGGUGGACUCUGUGGAGGUCUACGACCCCCACCUGGACACCUGGACGGAGGUGGGCAACAUGAUCGCCAGCCGCUGUGACGGGGGGCUGGCGGUGCUCUGACCCCCCCCCCAGACCCCUUCAGGGGGGGGUAGAGGGACCACUCCCAUGACCCCCCACCCCAGACCCCUUCAGGGGGGGGUAGAGGGACCACUCCCCUGACCCCCCCCCCCCAGACCCCUUCAGGGGGGGUAGAGGGACCACUCCCCUGACCCCCCCCCCCAGA